AUGGAGGAUCCUGAUUUUGACGAAGAGGUAAAAGGUACUAAUGAAAUAAUAGAAGAUAUUCCAGAAAACUUAGGAAAGAAAAUGGAUGUACACUAUAUAAACCUGUUUAUAGAAAAAUUAGAAAGUUAUAAUAAUAGAACCAUUGAAAGUGCUUUAAUAGAUAUCCUAAGAAUCCCUUUAAACAACUAUCUAGAACCAAAGCAAUUUCCAAUAACAUUUAGAGAAUCAAUUUUAAAAGUUUUCCAAAUUAAUCACAAAAAAAUAAUAAAUUUAGCAUCUCAGUUCUUAUUAUCUCUUGUCAAGUAUAACUCAUUGUUCCUAACACAGAUUGCUGGAUCAGUCUUGUUAUCAAUUCUCAUUCCAAAACUUGAAGAUUUUGCAAAUGAUGAAAAAACACUUUUUUAUUUGCUAGAAUUAUGUUCUUGGUAUACGACGUCAAAUCCAAUAACUCAAACGGCCUAUCAGAAGGAUGUAGCACAAAUCUUGAUCAAGCAUUAUGAUCUUUCUCAUUCAAAAAUUUUAAAUUUUUUGUUGAUAAUUUCUUCAUCAAAGUAUUUUGUUUGUUUCGAAGAAGAAGAGCAAAUUCUUACAAUAUGUUCUAGCAUAGCUUUCGCUGAUAAUCGUCCCCCAAUUGAAGAAAUUGACUAUUCUCUAAGAAUCAUGGAGAAAAUCAUCAAAAAGAAUCCAACAUCAAAUUUUGUCACUUUUUUGGAAAAUAAGAAUGAUUUAUUUAAGCCGAUUUCCUUGAUUACAGAAAGUCAACUUGUAUUAGAUAGUUCGUUGUUAUUCUAUAUGACUAUAUCAGAAAUAAGUGAUGCGAUAUCAAAGAUGAUUCUCGAUGAAAAAAUUUUAGAAAAAUUCAUUGAAUCUAUUCAACCAGAUAAUCUUCCAAUUUUCAAAAGAUUUAUUUUUUCUGUUGCUCAGACUGAUAGAUGCAAUACUUGCACUGCAAUUUGCAAUAAUAAAAUGAUUGAAAUUAUUAAAUUGGGAUAUGAAUUAAAUGCUGACAUUAGAUUUGCGUCAAUAUAUAUUCUAUGUUUUAUAUUAUGCGAAGUAUCUGAUUAUAAUGUUGCUAUGGCUGUUUUUUCAGAUUCCGAAAUUACAGAAUUCCUCAAUACAUUAUAUGGAUGUGGAUUUAGUGACUUAUUUGGAGCUGUUAUAAGAUCGGUGAAUAUUCUUUAUGAAAGAGGCAAAAAUCAGAAAAACUCAGAAGAAUUUUAUCAAUUUAUUAAAUCUGAUGAAUUACUAUCAGAAGCAAAUGAGAUAGCAUCAAAUGAAAAUAGUAAAUACUAUAAGGAUGCUAUCUUUUUUACUGAAAUUUAUGAUCAAAUCGAUUAA